UUCCCGGAUUGCCAUUAUCCUUCCUUCCGCUGAAAGAAUCCGAAGUUGACCACAGAGCCAUAACACUCCACCGACGCUGUUGCCCCCGCUCGCCUUGGUCUCAUGGAAGCAUACCGAGACGCCAAGCUCGCUCAUCCGAUCGACGACAAACAACCCUCGCCACCUCCGUCGCCGCCCGCGCCCCGACUACAGGUGCAGGAUAGGCCGGCUGCCCGCUACAACUGGCUCCAUGAUCUGCCGUACGUCCUCGGCCUGCUCUUGCUCGGCAUCAGCGUCGCCGUCUCCGCGUACGGGUCGCGCAGCGAUCCGUCGUCGUUAGCCUUCAUGCUGUUCUCCUGGGUCGAUCUACUGUGUCUCGUUCUUUGCCUCAGGAGGUUCGAGCGGCUCGCUCCGGACGGCCCACCGGAGGAGAAGGCGAGGCUGAAGCAGGCUGUUUGGCUGCUGUCGACGGCGCUUGUGGUGGCAUUCGGUUGGAGGGUAUCGGAGCUAAUGCCCACGGCAUUAGCUGUUCUCAUCUGGAUUUCGGCGGGGUGUGUCGCGGUUGGAGGUUUCUAUGGGCUCGUCCUGUACAAGGAGCAGAUUGAUGAGACUGAAAGAUGAUCGUUGUCAUUAGAUCUCGAAUUGUAUUUGUAGUACUGUGUGUGAGUAUGUGGUAAUUUUCUUCUGCUGUGUUCAUCUCACGUCUAUCCCUGUAAAUUGAGAAUGGCUUACCUGACACAAAAAUUAUUUUCCUUA